UCUCGCCCGCGCGGUGACGGGCUUCGUCUCGAUUGAUCCGUCGGGCGGGGUGUGAAACGUUCCUCAGGCGAGGCCUAGCCUGUGGACUGGCGGAGGGAGCACCACUGCAUGGGGGCAAAGACGGAGCUUGGGAGGCGGUCAGUAGCUUCUCGUAGCCUGGGUUGGGAAAGGCUGUUCCUUAUCGGACAUAUGGAAGUGAAUGCCUGGACGACCGACUCCAAUGGCCUCACCGAGAUGUGUAGGGUGAUUCCCGAGAUUAACGGACAAGCGUCGGGAAACAAGAUGGCGCGAUGGUUGUCGCCUCCUGUCUACUCUAGUGGUCCGGAAAUCCCUAUAGAGGUAAGGGAUGGGGUAUUUGUUGUUCUCCCGGAAGAAGGGAAAUGGACCAACCUAGAACCGGCUUAUGAAACCGUGAUGCUGGACGAGAAGGACGCGUUCCUCUGGAUAAAGACAAUCUGGACUAAGGUCAGCCUGAUGAGACUUUCACCUAGCUUGAUGGGCCUAGAAUUCCGGGGAACAGUGGAAGCUCGACGAUGGGUCUACCUAUCACAGGAAUUGGAAAAUGCAAUGGUAGUGGGGCUAGUAUUGGGCACGGCAUCGGAUCAGCUGUUUAGGCAAGCGGAACGGGAAGUGGUAUGGGCAGCAUGUCAGCGGGCAGAAAUGGAGAUGGAAAGGAUGGAGGUGCGAGUGGAACUCGGGGACCGGAAAAAUAUGAGACGUCCUCUUAGGACAAUGAGGUGCGUGCUACCCCCGUUUCUGGUGGAUGCAGUCCUUGGGACCAGGGAUAGACUGGAACUGCCGAUUGCGAGCCAGGAGAGCAAAGGCGAGUGCGUGAUGGCGCAAAGAAGGACAUUCCUCAAGGAACGCCCCUUGGGCAUUGAGCCGCCUAGGGAAGUACUGGGUGGGGUAGAGGUUAGCUUGCCGACGGCAAGUGAAGGCUGGCACCAAGUGGCAGAUUGGGUCGGGGUCGAGCUUGCGGAAAAUAUGAUCUACUUGGUGACGAAAGUUGAGUGGCGUGCGGAUGAGAAUGGGGAAUGGAACCCGGACCCACGGGGGCAUGUGCAUGCAGAAGGACGACUGUAUGUGUCAGAGGAUGGGUGGAGGGAGUUCGGAGUUUGGCUGGCAUCAGGAGAAGACCCGUUGAGCAUGUUUGAAGGGGCAUGGCAGUUAGUAUGGCAAGCGGGGUUUGAGUUCGCAGAUCCGGGGGUUGACGAUGUAACAACGGAUCUUAGGGUAGCCAUGGUCGGGAGUUUCGAAUUGCCUAGUGAAAAUGCACGAAUGAGGCUGCCGCCCUUCCUGCUGGAAAGGCUGGGCGGUCUGGGACUUAUUAGACAAGCAGUUGCCGACCUCGUAAGCCUGACAUAUGAAGAUGCGAUGGUACAUCGAGAAUACUAUCGGGCCUUCCUAGAAAUGGGCCCGUUCAGUGGAGAGCAGAAGUACGAGGUGUUGCGCAUCCUGCGUGAUGUGUUUAGCACCAGGCCGAGGGCUCCGGUCGUAGGAGAUGAGGUCCUGUGGGGUGUCAUCCGAAGGGAAAUAAGUCAAGGGAUGGUGUACGUGGAUGAUCUGUACCGAUUGGGACCGGGAGACGAUCUGUAUACCGAUCUUAGGGUGACGGGGACCGUAUACCUGCCGGAGCUUGGAUGGUACAUGCUAGGAACGGAAUUGGCACUAGAGAUAGAAAAGCAGACUUCAGAAUUUAAGGCAAGGCUUAUCGAGCAGAUGAUGGCCGAGGAUGAAGAGGACCCCCAGGGCGCAGGGCCACGUGAGGGACGCAGGACCGGUGAGGACGGGGCUAGGUAUGAGGGGAAGGAUAAUAGCCACAAAGGAACACCUAGUAAGAAGGGGAAGGACAAGAACGACCCCCCGACGGAGGAGACGGAAAACGCUAUGACCCCACCCGCCAUCGACAGCGGCACUAGCAGACUGCCUGUCACGCCGAAAUUAACAGGGGCGUGUGACGGACUCUGGAACCUUAGGGAAAGAGUGCUAGGAUGGUUCGACCCAGAGGGAACGCCGAAAACCAGGGAGAAGCAGAGGGAAAGCAAGGAAGGGGAAGGGACCAGUGCGGCCGGAGAAGCGGGUGGCUCCGAAGAUGGUCUCAAGAGGGUAGUCGCCACCCUCACCAGGACACUAAACAAGAACCAAAGGUAUCUCGCGGAUGCAAAGAAGAAACUCACGUUCGAUGGGGCCAACAUUAUGGAGUUUUUAAUAGACUAUGAGAACCUAGCAGCCUUACUGAAAUGGACGGAAGAGGAAAAGAUGGAGCACCUAGGGCAGCACAUGUCGCUAAGCUUGGGAAGGGACAUUAUGGCCAUCGUCGCCUCCAGUGGAUCCUGGAAAGAAACCAGGAAUGAGAUGAUGAGGAAAUACCUGAAGGCAGAAAAAAUGGCAACAGAGGCCGAAUUAGCUGCAGUCCAGAGGAAAAACUAUGCAACUUACAACGAUUUCCUAAGGGCGUUCACAUUAGUGGCUCUGCGAAUUCCCGGGGUAACGGACCGCAUAAUGAGUAAAUACUUCCUCAGGCAGUUUUCCGAGUUUGAUAGAGAUAAGAUUUUGUCAGCAUACCAGCAGACCAGUAAGUUCGAAUACACGAGAGAUGUGGACUUCAACACCGUAACAGACCUUGUGGAAAAGAUAGUCGUCACCGAGGCGCUAGCCCUGCUUAAGGAAGGGGAGGUCAUAAAUUUGACCGGGAAGACAGGGUAUAAGGUCAAGAAGGGGAUAGAGAGCCUACACGAACGGGUGCACGGGGUUGACAGCAAGAUGGACAGAAUGGAAAAUGCGAUGUCCCUCAAAGGCGAGAUCCUCGGACCCAGGGGGGAGCGUGUCAAUUGGAACUCGUCAGGAGGGAUGCGGCGAGCCGUCAUCCUCCUGAAUAACUUAGAGAUAGCUGCCGUAGAAGCAGAGCCGAUAGUCGAGAUUGUCUGGGACCAGCCAAGGGGACGGGGACCACAGACCAAUUUUAUCCUAGAAGGCAAUGGCCAGGAUAGGGUAAAUAUUACCACUCGCCGGGCCGACGCAGAAAAGAAGCUUAUUCAAGAUACAAUAAUGGAAGAACUCGCAGGGACUAGCACGGGCCAGCAAGAGACCGAAGCCGGGGAACAAGAGAAGGUCUAUGGGAAGCCAAGGGAGGACGAACCGGUAGACAAGGCUACGGCGGCAAAGAAGAAGUUCAGGUAUCAAAUUCCGAUCCCGACUUCGCCAGAAAUCGAUGGCACCUUAAGUAAGCUACUGGGUACCAUGGUAUCGGUGUCCUUUCAGACCAUGCUGCAAGCAAGCCCGAGGCUGCUUAAAGGACUCAGGCAGUUGCUAAUGCGUAAGCGCGUAGAGGUAGAGGAGGCCCCGGAACUGCAAGAGCAGGACACGGAAAAGGCCGAGAACCUCCAAAGCAUCCCAGGGGGCCUGAGAGAUUUGGAGAAAGCCUUUGCGGACAUCCGCCUAAGCCUACCGGAUCGUGAAGGUGGCAAAGUCAUGAGGGCGCCACCCAGGACAAAGCUUAGCUUUCAUGCAUUACCAGUCGGGAAACUUAAAGUUCAAAUCGGAACUCACCACACUGACGCGUUAGUGGACGACGGAGCAGAAAUCACCCUUAUACGACGAGAUUUCGCAACGGUCACGGGGUGCACGGUAAACAAGGAAGUAGCAGGGAGUAUCCGGGGAGCCGGUGGCGAAAUUCCUUUCACAGGGUAUGUCACCAAAUGUGCAGUCAGGGCGGGAAUCCGGGAAUCCAUCUGGUCCUUUCAGCGGAUGACCGUGAUGGAAGAAAUGAAUCACGACAUAAUCCUCGGGAGACCGUGGUGCGCCAAUGUGGAAAUGAUAGGAAUGCAUCUGCACGAAGGCACAUACAUGGUAGACAUAGAGGACCCAGUGACCGACCGCGGGAAACUCCUCCGACUUCUUGGGACCGGAGAGGACCCUCCGAAGGGCAAAUUGGCAACCUGGUCUCCAACAUUCAAAGAAAGUGCGCGGAAGGGGGCAUUCGCACGAAUGGAAGGCAUGAGGGAAAGGGUAGAAAUUAUGAUCGAGGAGGCUUUUAGUAAAAAGGAAUGGAUCAAGAUGGGUCUGCCCCACGAGUGUUGGAAUGAUAAAGGGUCCGCCGACAAGUUUGGGAUAGCAGCGGAGACCACCGAUUUACUUAGAGCUAAGAUAGAUUCUUUCGUGGCUGAACCCACCGCAUCCCCCUACGCGAACAAGUGGUUCGUGUUCAGGAAGUCCAAUAAGACGCUCAGGUGGAUCCAGGACUUGCAAAAGCUCAAUGCGGUAACAAUUAGGGAUGCAGGCUCGCUGCCACAGACCGAUAUGUUGGCAGAAUCUCAUGCGGGGCGGAGUAUUUACUCCCUGGUAGACUUGUACUCAGGAUAUGAUCAGUUGCCGCUCGAUGCGAGGGAUAGACCGUACACCGCAAUGCACACCCCUGUAGGGCAGCUGCAGAUGCAAGUGACCCUUAUGGAUUUUACAAAUGCGGUAGCAGAGGCGCCGAGAAGGAUGCUCGCCGUCACAGGGGAUAUAUUUCCGGAAAAGUGUGAACCGUAUAUAGAUGAUAAUCCCGUAAAAGACGCAAGGUACAAGGACGAGACGGAGGUCAAGCCGGGCGUACGAAAGUUUGUCUGGGACCACCUGCAGGAUAUUGAGGACCUACUCCAGCGAUUCCUCAUUUACAAUAUUACUGCAAGCGGACCCAAGAGCAUCCUGGCCGUUCCGGAAGUAACCAUACUGGGAUUUCGUUGCGGAGCUUAUGGGAGGAGACCCGACCCAGCAAAGACAGAUAAGAUCUCCCAGUGGCCGACACCCCUACGCACCACGACGGAAGUACGAGCCUUCCUAGGGGUGGUCGGGUUCUGGUGGAUCUUCAUCAAAGGAUUCGCAAAGAUAGCAGAGCCUAUCCGCGCAAUGAUUAGGGAAGCCGGCACUAUGGAUUGGACCGAGGAUAGGGAAGCGGUAGCCCAGACCCUGAAAGACAUCCUGUCAUCCGAUCAGGUCACUCUAACAGCACCCUGUUUCAAUGACGAGGGCCAGGCGAGGAGAAAACAGCAAGAAAACAGCAAGAUGGAGUACGGAAAUGAAAAUGACAGCAACGCCAUCAAUAGGCCGGAAGAGGGACAGUCGUCUAGGCAAGCUGAAGAGUCAAGCUCCAGGAAAAGGAAGUUGUAUGUGGGGUUCGAUCACAACCUAGUUGUGAACAGGGGGGGCAGAAAGCAAGGAACCAGAGGACCAUCACCACUAAAGGAAGGGGAGCCAAUAGAGCUGCCUUCAGACAGUGAUCCUAGUAGUAAGGAAGAGGGGAACCCAGAGGAAGGACAACGGUCGGGAGAGAAUGAGCCCAUUGAGUUCAUUGACCUCACCAGCGACGAGGAGGAAGAUGAGGUAACAACGCCCACACGGGAAGAUCGGGGAAGAGAAGAGGACCCAGGGGAAGAAAAGGACCCAUGGAAAAAAAAAUUCGGGCCAACUUUCAGCGAUUGGUUCGAUCAAUGGGCCAGUAUUUUACGUUAUCAGUGGGCAAUGAAGGACCAGGAAAAGUUGAGCAGGGGAGAAGACAUAUCCCCAACAACCUUCUUUUCAGAAGAAACGCUUCGCUAUCUACAGACGAUAAAGAGGCUAAUGGAGCAAGAGAUGGAGGACCGUGUAAGGAGGGAGGCUCGGCGCCGGGCACCGGGACAGUAAAAAGGGACACCAGGCAUGAUGGGAAUAGCUGGGAAUCGGGGAAGGGUUGGUAACCGGGCAGCAAGAACGGCCAUCUUUCCUUUUUGCGCAUUUGAACUUCUUUCCGAAUGAACUGUGAUGAGACAG